CUUCGCGUUCAUUUCAUUCCUCUUCUCAUUCCGAGCAUUCUUCACAUCACUGUCGGUGCGCUGACGCUUCACGUAUACAUACCCGGCUGGCCCAGAAACAUCAGAAUAACUUUACACAGUUUGCAAAAAAAAAAAAGCCAAAAAAAACUACAACUAAACAUUAUACAAAAGGAACCAAAAAGGGGGAUAAUUAAAAAAACAAAAACAAAACAAAACCACAACAGAGGUGGUUGAGAGCUUCUGCGGUUGGGAGUUGCGGAGUGAAGGGGAACAUUUUCAGGACUCAGCAAAAAGGAGACUUGUUGCACUUCCAGGAUUAUCCGCCGCCUUCGGCUUUCCUUUGUCGUUUUCUUUCCCCUAUCUUGCAGUUACCCAGCUUACCAAGAAUAGUUGUCAGAUGAUCUUGUAGAAACUUUAUCCACCAACAGUGCUGUUUCUGGUCUCCAAUCACAGUAUUUCUUUUUUACUAGGCUCCAGGCUUUGGCUUGGAGAAACCAGCCAUCACCAUUGAUCCCAACAGCUGGAGCGGCAGUGAAAGUCCUGCCGAAGAUAUUGAAAGGAUGAGCGACUCUGCAGACAAGCCCAUUGACAAUGAUGCAGAAGGUGUCUGGAGCCCUGACAUUGAACAGAGUUUCCAGGAAGCACUGGCUAUCUACCCUCCAUGUGGGAGGAGGAAAAUUAUCUUAUCAGAUGAAGGCAAGAUGUACGGCCGAAAUGAGUUAAUAGCCCGAUAUAUCAAGCUGCGGACAGGAAAAACAAGGACAAGAAAACAGGUGUCUAGUCACAUACAGGUCUUAGCAAGAAAGAAAGUUCGAGAAAUCCAAGCUGCCAUCAAGGUGUCUAGUCACAUUCAGGUUCUUGCCAGAAGGAAAUCUCGUGAGUUUCAUUCCAAGCUAAAGGUUACAAGCAUGGAUCAAACAGUGAAGGAUAAGGCAUUACAAAGCAUGGCAGCAAUGUCUUCAGCACAGAUUGUAUCUGCUACUGCCAUUCAUAACAAAUUAGGCCUGCCGGGUGUCCCUCGUCCACCGUUCCCUGGAGCACCUGGAUUUUGGCCUGGCAUGAUAUCAACAGGACAACCUGGAUCCUCACAAGAUAUUAAGCCAUUUGCUCAGCAAACAUAUCCAGUUCAGCCAGAAGUGACAACAUCUCUUUCAGGUUAUGAAUCUGCAACAGCACCAGCACCAUCUGUUCCUGCAUGGCAAGGUCGUUCAAUUGGGACAACAAAACUUAGACUGGUGGAAUUUUCUGCAUUCCUUGAGCAACAGAGAGAUCCUGAUUCGUACAACAAACAUCUAUUUGUGCAUAUUGGGCAAACAAACCAUUCCUACAGUGAUGCCUUGCUUGAAUCAGUAGACAUUCGUCAGAUUUAUGAUAAGUUUCCAGAAAAAAAAGGAGGCUUGAAGGAACUCUUUGGAAAAGGACCGCAGAAUGCUUUCUUCCUUGUAAAAUUCUGGGCUGACUUGAAUUGCAAUAUUCUGGAUGACGCAGGUGCAUUUUAUGGUGUCACAAGUCAAUAUGAAAGUUCUGAAAACAUGACAAUCACCUGCUCUACUAAGGUGUGCUCUUUUGGCAAACAGGUUGUGGAGAAAGUAGAGACUGAAUAUGCAAGGUUUGAGAAUGGACGUUUUGUAUAUAGGAUAAGUCGCUCACCAAUGUGUGAAUACAUGAUUAACUUUAUUCACAAACUAAAACAUUUGCCAGAAAAAUACAUGAUGAACAGUGUGCUGGAGAACUUCACUAUUUUAUUGGUUGUAACAAACAGGGAUACCCAAGAAACACUUCUUUGUAUGGCUUGCGUGUUUGAAGUGUCAAAUAGUGAGCAUGGAGCCCAGCAUCACAUUUAUCGGCUUGUGAAAGACUGAGUGAAGAUCUUUUGCCGAGAAUAUUAAAUAAAGACUAUAAACCUCAAUACAAGUGGCAGUGCCUCUAAUUAAAACCAUACCCAAAUUUGAUUCUUGAUAAAUUUGGGUAUUUUUUUAUUUUUGUUUUUGUGUUUUUUUUUUUUGUGUGUUUUCUUUGUGUUUUUUUUUUUUUUUUAAUUAAAUGUAUAUGUGUAUGACUACAGCUGUGAAUUGCGGUACAGUUGUAAAAACUUUUGAUACUGAAUUAGUUCUUUGUUUUAACUGACAACUAAUCAAAGCCCAUUCUUAGAAAGCUUGGUGUGUGUAUGUGAGGUUGUGUGUUUUAUAUAAUAUAUACACACACACACCUGUGUGUGUAUAUAUAUAUAUAUAUAUAUAUAUAUAUAUAUAUAUAUAUAUAGAGAGAGAGAUGUAUCGUAGUUUUUUGAUGGGUCUGAAUUAGAUUGCUAGGUUUUUACUUUUGUGUGUAUUUUUUUUUCUUUUCCGUUUUCAUGUCAGUUUAGGAUAAAAGGUAAUUAUCAAAGACACUAGCCAUUAUAAAGUGGGACAUCUAAGCUCUGUGUAAUAUAUAUAUAUAUUUUUUGUUAACAAAGAAAGUAUUUCAAAUAUAUAAUUUUGGAUAAAUAAAUUUUACAAAGUUAUUUUAAAAGUAUGACGAACAUUUUGGCCAACACAGUUUAAAAUAUAUAUAUUUCACUUGAGAAUACUUUGCAGCUUGAAAGGGACUGAGUCUUUCAUAUCGGGUGUCAUCGCUGAAGUCAGUUUUAUCAUUAAUAAUAAACAUUAAUUUACGUAAACACUAAAUUAAUAAAUCACUUAUAAGAUCAAUUAUUUGAAGACUAAGUGCACUGUGAUAAAUGUAAACCGAAACCCUUGGUUUACUUUGGCCAUAAAAUUAUCAUUUUUGCAAUAAGAUUUGUUGCAUCUUUUUAAAAUUUUCAAUUUCUUCAGGUUUUUCAACCUUAAGCUGCAGAAUGUUCUCCCAGAUUAAUACAAAGUAUUAAUAUUCCUAAUAAAAAAAUUUAAAAAUAAAAAAUGAAAACAACAGCACUACAUACACAAGAAAAUACAAUUAUCGCCUUGUCCUAAGCACUUGGUUCUGUUGGAUGGGACAUGCCUUAUUGAGGGUAACUUGUUUCAUUUGCCUUACUUGAUUGUUAACAUAAACAAAAUAUGAAUUAUGUACAUUUUUGGGUAACAUCUUGGAAGAAAUGCCAUCAACACUAGAGGAAGCCAAAUUUAUUUGAACUGAAUUUCACUAGGGUUGUGUGAGUAUCUUUGUUCUUAAGUUGUCUGAAAAAUGCUGGGAUCCCAGCACAAGGACAGCGUUUCUUGGCUUGAUUUGGUUCUUUAUCUAACAACAAAUUUAGCUUGACUUUUGUUGCUUAUUAUUUCAUUUCUGUUUGUUCAGUAUCUUUAUAUAAUGACAGCACAAUUGCCUUGUAAGGUCAUUGUGAUUUUAAAAUCCUGCCAAGAAAAGCCAAGUUCAAGUCUUUGUAACCAUUCAGGUGAAUAAUAAUUCAUUUUGUUGUUGGUUUUUAAAAUUUGUGGUGUUAUUCACACAUUCCUAGUUUGUAUUAGAUUACUCUGCUGUAAUGCAGUUUACAAACCUAUUAUAUUAUUGUAUAGAAUAUAAAAAAUAUAUACAGUAAUGGUCUUUUUUUUCCCGUUAAAUACAGUAUCAGUCAGUUGCUGCCUUUACAUGCACAUCAAGUCUUAGGAUGUGCGGCCUGCAUCAUUCAUUAUGUAUUACUGUAAGCCUUAAAUUUGGUGGUCUGAUUUCCAAAAGAUGCCACUAAAACUGUGAGCUCUUUCCUAAGCUGGAAUACUUUCUUGUUCUUGUUGACUUUUGUAGGACUUUUCCAGUCAGAACUGCCAAAGCAUAAUAGUAUACAGUGCCUUGAUUUAUGUUGUAAUGCCUGUAAUAAAUAUAACUCCCAUUUUGGUGUAACACAUAGACUAGUUCUAAUAGUAGGAGUAUCAGUUUCGCUGUUUUUUCACUUCCUGUUUCGUCGUAGUCCUGCUACAAAUGCUUACAUACUGUGAUUUACACAAUGUGCAUAUGAUUACAGUUUCACUUAAUAUACACAACUUUUGCAGAGUUUUUUUUUUCUUUAAACAGGGUUUAUACACAAUACUUUUAAUAAAAGUUGCCUUUAUAUCUAAAUGACCAAAAAAAGUAUAGAAAUGAAGUGAUCAUUUGCAAUUUCCUGCACUGUAGCAUGAAAGUGCCUUUGGUUUGCAAUUUCCAGCUUAGAAAAGACACAAUCCAUUUUAAGUAUUAAUUGUAGCAAGACCAAAAAAAUGAGAAUAAAAGAUCACCACAAUGCCUUUUUUAAGUUUGGUGUUAAAGUGAGGCACAGCUAGUGUUUCAGAGAAAAAAAUAAAGUGGGUAUUCAUUUUUAAACACAAUAUUAUUGGCUGUACUGAGAAAGAGUGCAAAGUAAAUAUUGGGAAAAUGCAAAACAGCACCUUUUGUUUUCAUGUCCGGUAUUGCUGACUUUAAAAGUAUGGCUGUUAAAUAAUUGUGCACAGGAAGGCUUUUCCUCCAAAGUGAGUUUUAUAGGUUGAUUCAGAGUGAAACGGAAAUAUAUGUUGCACUGAAAGUGAAUCCUUUUGUUGUUGUUUCCAGUCUCUGAUGAUUGACAUCAAUAAAAAAGGUAUCUUACAAACUUUUGGUUUUGGACAUGUAAUCAAACAACAGACUUUUGUUGUGUAUAUCCCCUUUUUAUUGUGAUCACCAUCCUAUGGCACUUUACUAGUACAGAUGCAUAAAUUACACAUUUCUAACAACUGGAGCGCAGGCAGAUUAUGCGGCUUGCUCAGGAUCACACAGUGAGCUAGAGGCUGAAAUUUAAGAAAACAACCUAGGUGUCAGUAUAGUUUGCUGACUAUGUGGAGUCACGUUUGUAUUAUUGGUUAUUAAACUGGGUGAUAUCCACUACUUUUAUGUUGAAAUCGCAUUGGCUGCAAGAUGUUAGUCUUUUUUUUGUGACUACUAGAGUAGUUUUACAAAGCAGCAUUCUCAAAUUGCCUUAUUAAUUACAUCACUGGGAUGUUUUUGAACUAACUCCCAUGUUAAAGCUUGGAAUUUAUUUUGAAAUUAUUUCCAUGAUACAUCCUUUUUUGUUUUGAUGUUUGAGCAAAAAAUGUGACUUAAUCUGAACAUGGGGUCUUACUUUUACAUAAAAAAAAAAACUCAUUUGAUGAUAGGCUUAAUGGCAGAAUGUUAAGUGGAGGUCUCCAUUUAUACAUCAAGAAAAGGAGUUUUAACUUUUAAACUCUAUUCUUUUGAAGUUCCUUGUUUUGUUUAACAAUAUGUAGGGGGUUUGGACUAUUAAUUAUGACUUUAUUUUAACUGUUGUUCAUGGCUGUAUUGCAGAGAAGCAGAUCUGUGUUCCUUUUCCUGCAACUAAGCUGGUACUUUAAGUUAGCAUGAUCUUCUCAUUUUCCUGUUCUCUCCUCAUGUGAUGACCACAGCUAGGGCUCUUAUCUUUUAAUGAUAAUUUAAAUAUUGUCUGUUUUAGAAAAGCUUGGCCAAUGAUCUCCAUUCUGUCCUACCCAAUCAUUCUGCAUGCAAAGAACGAAAAAAACAUUUGACACUAAUUGCACCUUUUGUGUGUCACGUUGAGUGACUUUCAAAGGUGUCUUUCAGGGUUUUAUUGUUAUGUUUCCUUUUAGUUUAUAAAUCUGCAAACUAUGAAUAUUAAAAGGAAUGCCUCCUCCCAAAUACCUUUAUUAGUGUGAUAAGGCUGCAUGGCUAUUCAGCUUUUAAUUGUAAAAUGCCUGUGUCCAUUUUCACUCACUGUUUUGCUCUAGGGGAAAAAUGGUAAGUUCAAAACCUACUUGUUCAUUGUAACACUGCUUUUCAUGGACUGCAGCAUUCUGUCUAGUUGGUAGUUGAAUUGAAAGGCCUGCUGAACAUAUUUAUUUAGUAUACUUCAAUAAAUGGCUACUCUUUGUUGAUAAAACUAUACAUAUUUUUAAGACAUUUGCAGAAUGUAUUAGAAGUGGGUUAUUACAUUACCAAGUCUUGGGAUAUAUAUAGCAUGGCAUUAAGAGUGACUUGCUGCAAGGGCUUUAUAUUGGAAUUGGAAAGGUAGUUGACUUACCUUUUAAAGGGAAUGGUUAAUGAUAGUUGGGUGGUAUGGAUUACAUAAGAAAAGGAUCUUGAAUGUAAACAAGUUGGAAACUACUGCCACAUGAAACCACUGACUUGAAUAAGUUGCGUGCAGUUGGUUAUAAUUCACUUUGGGGGAUUUUGCUCUUCGGUUUCCUAAUCUUGAAAUGGUCUAUUUUAAACAACUUUCAGUGAGUUAUGUUGUGAUCAUUUUAAUCCCAGUAUCAAAGUUCUCUUAUAUUUUAAAUGUAAAACAGCUGGAUUUUUGGCUUUUUAUUGUUAUUUAAAGUAAGCCCUAUAAAGGAUGUUAAGGGUGCUUAUCACUUAAGAAUAUUCACCUGAUUAAACUCAAUGUGCCUGAAGUCAGACUAUGAUGUUUUGUAUUACUUUAAACAAUCUUUUUGUUCUUCUUUUUUUGGUUUUGUUUAGUGUUAACCACCUUUUUACCCUGUGUAUUUGCAAUUAUAUGUAACUUAAGAAGAUUAACUCUGCUCAUUUUUUAUUGUGUUCUAUGUAUAAAAUGGUUUUGUGAUGCAUAUUCAGAUAUGGUCAGUGGUGAAUUUGUUACUGAAAUGCUGCUGGUAACUUUGUUAACUGAAUUCCAUUUUGAUGCAUGUUAUUACCUCUUUGUUUAAAGUUGGAUAAUAGGCUGUCUUUUAAUUUUAAAGUAUCUGAAUUGUAAUAUGUUAAUAAUAUGAACCUUUUUUUAAUAAUCAAAAGGAAUUGUAAUACAAACAUAUCAGCAGUACCAUUUUUUCCAGUUUCUUGUCAGUGUGUAGGUACUGGUACCUUUUUGUUCAUGACCAUUUUAAAUGUUGGCUUUAAUAUGAACCUAUCUUUAGUUCAGAUAGUGUCAUAAAGUAUAUGGUUUGUGUGAAAAGAUUUUUAAGGUGCUGUGUAUAAGGAGAAAAAAAAAUUAUCCUGGCUUUCUCGGUACAAAAGUGUGAUUACAUUAAUAUCCAUGACAGUAAAGUGCAAUUACUUCAUCACUUCAAAAAAAAAAAAAUAAUAAUAAACAAUGCUACACGUGUGUUCUUUACUGCAAAUGUUCUUGUCUUUGCUAAGUAACACAUUUUGAUGCCUUCAUGAUAAAGUGGUAGACAUUUUGUAGCUUUCUAGGAACUUUGUAUGCAUACAAUAUAAAUUGACAAAUAAAAUUUUAAACAAUGGA